AUGAAAAGAACACAAAUUGAUAAUAAUGAUACAAUGUCAAAACGUCUAAAAACGACCAAUUCAACCAUAAAUACUAAUGAUCAUUUUGAUAAGUUUAUUAAUAAAUUUCGAUCAUCGAUUGAUGCAAACAGUGCAGAUUCUCGACCAUUUGAUAUUUUCAAAGAAUAUUUAAAAGAAUGUCUAGACGAAACUGAUGAUGCUACAAUCCUUCCAACAUUUAUCAAAAAGACUAUUCAAAUUGUUGUUACAUCAUCAGUAUCUACUGUUCAUCAUCUUGUAUUUACAAAGAUUGUUGGUCUUAUGAUUAUUUAUCUCGAUAAUAUAUCAUCGGAAGCAUUACUUGAUAUAACACAUGAAAUAGUCGAAAAACUAAUUGAAUCAUCCAUAAACGCCGAUAUUAUGAUUGAACUUUUACGAAGUAUUUAUUUACAAUUAGUUAAACGCGAUGAAACUCAAUUAGGUUCAUCAUUAGCAGCAUCUAUGUGUCAAACUAUUGUUCAAGAAUUAGGAAAUACAACGUGGACAGAAGACAAUUAUUCUAGUCUUAUAGCUGUGAUAAAAACACUUCCAUUUGCUGAUAAUGAAAAACGUACAUUCAUUGAUAUAAUGUUUGCAAUAGAUUUUGAAUCAUCAAUUGAUCAAUUGCCAAUAUUUGUUCUAAAUAUUCUUCAAUUAUGUAUUGAUAAUCGUUUAGAAAAUGAAAUAACAAGUUGUAGUACAUAUAUUUUCGAUCGUUUAAUACAAUAUUUUAUUAAUCUUGAUUCAAAAUCAAAUGAUAAUAAACAAUAUACAUCAAAUAUUCGUCUUUGUAUUGUUCACAUUCUAAAUACUAUUGAAUUAUCAUCUGAUCUGGGUAUUACAUUAUUACGAACAUUUAAAAAAAUUCAAAGUAAUGAUGUAUCAAAGAUAUUUUCUCCAUUUUGUCUGGCAUUUAUAUUUGCCUUGCCAAAAGAUCGAACAAUCAAAGGAAAAUUUAUAAAACAACUUAAAAUGUCAUUUGACCUUGUUUGUCAAACAUUUGAAAAAAAUAAUGAAGCCUUUUGGCUUAUACUAUUUACAAAAAUAAAUUAUAAUGAUUUUUAUCGAGAUUAUUUAUUACAACUUGCAAAAAAAGAUUUAUUUGGUGGUGAUUUAAUUCUUUCGGGUUUAAUUGAUUUUUGUUUUCAAUUACUUGAUGAAUAUAGUCAAUCACAAACGUUAACUAAUGAAUCAUCAUUUUCAGUUAUUGAAUUAUUAAAAACAUUGGCUUCAAAAUGGCUUUCAGACAUUUUACAUAAAUCUAUUCAAGAAGAUAUUAUACAUCGUUUAUUUGAUCGAAUUCUUGAAGCUAAAACAAAUGAUCGUACUGUGAAACAUUUUGUUGAACAAUUAUAUGAUGUGAUGAAAACGAAUAGUCAUCGAUUUGUAAAAUGGCCCGAACAAUUAAAAGAUCGACUUGAUCAAAUUUUAUUAAUGCGUUAUGAUUUAGCACAUGAUGUAAUUGAUGCAUUUAAACCAAUUAUUAAAUUAAGUGGUAAUACACCGUUUCGUGAAACAUAUUUUCAAUUACUUCGUAAAGCUAUGUAUCGACCUCGUCUUGAUUGUCGUCGAAUGGCUGUUGAUGGCUAUUUGAUUUUAUUAAAACAUGCGAAAUGGUUAAUACGACCACCAGCUGCUCAAGCUAGUCAAAUGACAAUGUUUUCUUUAGUAGAACGUGGUGCAACACAAAUGAAUACAAUUAAUUCAACACAACGUUCAACUGAAGGACAAUGUAUUGAAUUAUUAAUGCAAUUAAGACGAAGUCUUACUCAACAAUAUGAUGUUCGAUUAACUGUUUAUGAAGGUUUAUUACCUGUUCUUCGUAAAAGUCCAAUUUUAAUGGCACCUAUUCUUGAUAUGCUCAUCUCUCAGAUUGCCUUAUACUACGAACCAAUCGACGAUAAAUGUACAUUAAAUUUAUCUUCUUGUUUAAUUGAACGUGAUGAUAAAGUACAAGCUGUUGAACCAUUUGCACAUUUACUUCAUUGUUUAUGUCUGUGUUUACAUCGUGCUGAUUGUCUAUUAAAAACAAAUUCGAGAAUUUUCGAUGAAGAUCCUGAUGUAUCAAUUUAUUUGAAAAAAGCAACCGAUAUAUUUAAACGAUUAAUUAUUUUAUUUGAUAAUGAUGAAUUUACUGAUUCAGUUGGUGUUAAAGGUUUACCUGAUGAUAAAACUAGUCCACAAAUGUAUACACUUUGUAUUGAUAUAUGUAAUGUUCUUAUUGAAUAUAAAUUUAUGCGAAUAAAAGAUUCAGAAUCAACUGCAAGUAUUUUAAAAUCUAUUGAUCAAGAAUCUCGUCUUUAUGAUAAAAUGUCUAAAGCAAAAUUACGUUUACCAACAACAGGAAAACUUAUAUCAUUCACAUGUUUAAAAAGAUUUUUACAUUCAAUUUUAUGGUCAAAAAUGUUUAAUGCUGAUUUAGAUACAUCAAAUCAUAAUAUUGAUAUUGAUUUACUUAUUGAUGAUAUAAAUUAUCGUACAUAUGUUAUGCGAUGCUGUUUAUCAAAAUUACGUGCUAUUACAUCACAUAGUAUUAAAUAUUAUUUUGAUGCUGAAAAUAUGCGACAAGAAAAAUUACAAAUGAUGUUAAUUGAUCUUCAUACAAUUUUAUAUCAAGCUGUAACAAAAGAUAUUAAUAUUAUAUUGACAGAACAAAUUUUACAAUUAAUCGUAGAAGUAUGGAAAAUUAUUGUAAAUAAUUUUCGUGGUGCAGCAACUUUAAUGAUUGAUAGUGCAAUGAAAGCAUUAUCUGGUGAUUCUGAUGCAAUUGAUUCAAAUAUAAGUUAUAGUCAAACUGAUCCUCAAACAGCUCGAUUUGCUGAAAGUUUUAAAGCUAUUUAUAAAAGAAUUGAAGGUGAAUAUAAUCGUGUAAUAGAAACAGCAGCUGUUGAUGGAUCAACAGCAAAAGCAUCGGGUUGUUUAAAAGCAUUAAUUUAUGUUGCUGAUAUUCUUGAAUUAGCAUUAAAAGAUGGAGAACAUAUUGAUCGAAAUGAAUAUCAAUCAUUUGCUGAAUGGGCUAGUUCAACUUGUAUGCAAGGAAAAUACGAGGAUCAUCAAUUAAGUAAAGCAUUAGUUCGUCUUCUUAUUAAACUUUCAUCAAAAAUCAGUAAUCAUGCACCACUUCUUCGUAAAAUUGCUAUGGAUAUUCAUGGUCAAUGUGAAGAUGUUUCCGAAGAUACUAAAUUUGUUCAUCAACCAUAUUUUGCUAUAAUCAACGAAAAAACUCAUAUGGUUAUAUUAAAUAAUAUUGUUCUUGUUGAUUUAGAAAGAAUGAUAAAUAGUCUUGAAUGGAUAAUUCAAACUCAAAUAUUAUCACAUGAUCAAAUAACACAUUUUUGUGGACAAUUAUCAUAUUCAUUAACAACAUUUGGACAAAUUUUACAAUGUCGAUUAAAAAAUAAAAUGACAAUUAUUAAUAUAGUUAAAUUAUUAACUAAAUUAUAUACUAUUCUUGAUGAAUUUACUCGUCAGAUGAUUAAAAAUAAAAUACCAAUUCGUGAUGAAUUUGAAAAACUUGCAUCAAUAUCUGGUUCACAAUUACAACAGCCUUGUUAUGGAUUUUUAACUUAUACAAUGAGUUUGGAAUUAGAUGAUGAAGAAGAUACAAAAAAAAGUGUACUUAAAGAUACAUUAGUACCAAAAUUAGUCUAUGAAAUGGAACAAUAUGAACGAUCAUUACUUGAAUUAGGCAAACAACAAGAUAAACGUUUAUUAGAAACAUUUAAAAUGUCAGCUGUACGAGAUUUUCGAUUUAAUUUGGAUAGUAUAUCAGAUGAACAAAGAACAUUACGAACAAGUCAUCAAGAAAAUCAAGCUGAAGAAGAAGAAGAAGAGCAAGUUGAUGAAGAAGACAAUGAAUAA